AUGGGGAAACCAUCAGCAAAAGCACUAGGCAAGCGUAAAGCCCCACCUCCUUCAACGAAGGGAGGAAACAAAAAGACCAAAACCUCAAAGUCAACCGAACAAGAGCUGGAACCUACGGGAAAACCCAAGAGGAAAGCAGACCAACCUAAGAAAGUGAAACUGAGAGAUCAAAAAUCCAUUCCUAUACCUAAAUCCACAUAUGCAGAAGAUCAGGAUGAGGAUGAUGAAGAGGACUUAGAGGAUUUAGGUGAAGAGGAGGGUUUGGGGGCGGGCAGUGCGAGUGCUAGGUUCUUGGUGGGAAUGGAUGAGAAUGCUUUGUCCAGAUCAGUUAAAGAGACCAAACGAUUACAUGACUUAUCUAAAUCCCGGGAACCUUUACCCAAACAAAAGCGACAAAAGUUGAAAAUACCUUUACCUGAUUCAGCCAAAGAAUCGGAUUCGGAUGAUUACGAUUUCAAUUCUGAUCCUGAAUUCGAUUCCGAUUUGGCUUCUGAUGUGGAUGGUGAUGACGACGAUGAUGUUGCAUUGGGAUCAGACGAUGAAGAAGAUGAAGAAGAUAGUGUUUAUGAUUCUGGUGCUUCAUUAGAUGAUUCCGACGAGGAUCAAGAUGAUGUCAUAGCCGAGUUCGAUAAUUUACCUUCUGAAGAAGAAGAGGAAUACGAUUCAGAUACAGCCAACUCUAAACGGCGGAAGAGGAAGACUGGAGAGGAAGAAGCAGAUUAUGAAACUUCUGCUCGUAAUCGGUGGGCUGCGGAUAAGAAGGAUAAGAAGGAGAAUGAAGAUCAAGUGGAAGUGGGCAGAUUACCUAUCAAGUUACCUACUGGUGAAAUAAAGAUGGUAGAAGGUUCGACCAAGAUAUCCCUCCCGCCCUCAAAGAAGAAACAACUCACACCUCCGCCGAGUGAUAGUGAAGAGGAAGAGGAGGAGAGCGAAGAUGAAGGUUCGGAUGAUGGAGAACAAGCUGAACGAAUGGCAGGAUUGAAAGGGAAGUUCGGCAGGAUGGGUGUUUCGGAGAUCGUCAGUCAGAAUGGAUGGAAGAAUGCUCAGAAGUUGGAAAGUGCCAAAGAACAGAUGGCUCAGCUGGGUGCAGAGAUCUUGGCUGGUGGAGAACUGGUAGAUAUUGGACCCGUGUUGACGAGAUUAUCCACAUUCGCCUUACCUACCGUACCUUCCCUAGAAGAGGGCGAAGGAUCACUGCCCGUCCCAGCGUCGAUAAGAGGUCUGGCCUUCUUAUCCCAAUUAGCAGUGUUCAAAGAUCUUAUUCCUGGUUAUCGAAUAAGGCAGCUUACCGAGAUUGAAGAAGCUGAGAAAGUCCGAGAUGAAGUGAAGAGGUUAAGAGAAGGAGAAAAGCUGUUGGUAAGGAAUUAUAAGAGCUACCUGAAAAUGCUGGAAUCGGAAAUAAAGCGUCGAUCACCACUUGCUAGUUUGAGUUUGAAAUGUAUGUGCGAAUUGCUGGUGGGAGUGACGCACUUCAAUUUCAGUGAGAAUAUCAUGGGUGUGUUGGUAGGGAAAUUAGGUAGGAAAGGAUGGGAUAGUGACUCCGACCUCGUCCUCGAAUCCUUCAUAUCAGUGUUCAAAGAAGAUAUAUCCGGUGUCCACGCUCAGACCCUUGUAACGUUGAUAGCAAGAAUGAUCAAAGAAAGGCAUUUCCAGGUCAACCCCAAUGUCCUUACUUGUCUUUUGCACCUAAGGUUGAGAAACGAGUUGGAUCAGAUGAAACGUGGUAAAAAUGCUAAAGGUGGAUCCGGAGGUGAUAAGAAGGAAGAUAACAUAAAGGGGAAGAAGUUCAAAUCGGAGAUUCGAAAGAAGUGGGCAACGAAGAAUCAGCGUAAGAAGGAAAAGGAGAUGAAGGAAGUUGAGAAAGAGAUGAAAGAGGCUGAAGCAGAGAUAGACAAGGAGGAAAGAGCGCAAAUUCAAACUGAAACGCUGAAAAACCUUUUCGUACUAUAUUUCUCAAUAUUGAAGGCACCUACUCGUACACCACUCUUACCAGCUGCUUUGGAAGGUAUAUCAGCCUACGCCCACUUCAUCAACAUCGACUUCUUCCGUGAUCUCUUAGCUGUCUUACGCAAGAUCAUAAACGACCAGGAAGAUCACGACGAAGUAGAUGGAUCAGAUGAUGAAGAUACGAAAAUACAUCAAAUUGACGCAAGUGAAAGAAUCAGAAUAAGGUUAUUGUCAAUCUUGACUGGAUUCCAAAUCUUGUCGGGACAAGGAGAAGCAUUGAAUAUAGAUUUAAGUGAAUUUAUAAAUUGUUUAUUUGGUUUAUUACGACCUAUAUCGUUGAACACAGGUAUAGAAGAUCCACCAAUCAAAUCAGCUACUACGAAGAACACCAACUCGAUGGGGGAAUUAUCAAUAUCAGAAUUGAUGUUUAGAUGUUUAGAAUUGACUUUCUUCUCUAGACAUUCAGGUAAAUCACCUGAUUAUAGAGUUGGAUCAUUUGCCAAAAGACUCAUAGAAUGUUCAUUACAUUUCCCACCUAUUACUGCAAGACGAUCUCUGGAAUUUGCAAGAAAAUUAAUAUCGAAAGAACCUAAAUUAGAAAGUUUGUUGAAUACAGAGGAAAAGAUAAAUGAUGGGGUGUAUAAACCUGAAUUUAAUGAUCCCCAAUUGAUCAAUCCUUUUAACACGAAUGUAUAUGAGAGUGGGAUUCUGGGAGAUAGGUAUUUUGAGAGAGGGACCAGGGAGGAGAUGAAGAAGUUGAGGGAUAACAAGGCGGUAUAG